UGAAAACGUCAUUCGAAGAAAAUUAAAAAUUUUCAACAGAAGAAAGAGUAAACAAAAAUUAGUUUUGUAGAAAAACAUAUAAUUAUGGGAAAACCCUUAUUUUUUGCACAUCCAUAGCAUUAGUAUAAAUAAUUAUAAUAGUGUUAUUGUUCUGUGACAAGUAUAAGAUUGUUUGCACGCUUCAAAUUGGCCUUAUCAAGGGUUUGAGGCAGAAGCGUCUUUGUUAGCUUCAUUUUUUUAUGGGCAACGUCAGGAGCAGACCCGAAGCUGAAACAAGGAUCGAAGAAUCAUCCCUAACGUCGUCAUUGCCAGUUUUGUUUGCACCACCUUUGUUGGCAGCAGGAAAAAAGCCUCAACGAAAAUAUCAGGAACAGAAACUCGAACGCUCAGCUAGUUUAGAGGGUUUCUCCACUCGUUUAAACGGAAGUUUUCGGAGGAUCUAUAGAUCGCUCUCCUGUUCGUCGCUGCACAGUUCUUGGCCACUGAAAAGAGAUACUUUUGAUCAACAUUGCAGACGUCCACUAAGUCGUGUUUCGCGGAGAAGGCGGAAAGAAUCAACUGCUGCAGACGCUCGACUCCUGGCAAGGACCUGCUGGCCAGUCUCGAAUGCCGAGUCGCUUUUUCUGCCACACUUCCCGGUAGAUUGCAACGCGGUGCAUCGCUUUCACUUCGUGGGACACGUUGCGAAUGGGGCUUUUGGAAAGGUGCACAGGGUGAGGAGAGCUUCGGAGGAUUUUGCGUUGAAGGUUUUGAGCAAGUCAGAGAUCAUCAACUGUAACGCUAUUCGCCAGUUGAAAGACGAAGUUGAUAUCCAAACAAUCUGUGGCCAUCAUCCAUUUAUAGCCAAAUGUUUAAAUUUUUGGCAGUCUAAAACAAAGGUGUUUCUAUUAUCUAACUUCUACGCCAACGGAGAGCUAUUCCAGAGGUUCAAAAAAUUCCCUAUAGAUCUUGUGCGACUCUACAUAGCUGAAAUCGCCCUUGCAUUAGAUUUUCUCCACCAAGCGGGAGUUAUCUAUCGGGACUUGAAACCGGAGAAUGUGCUUUUCGAUCAGGACUACCACGUGCGUUUGAUCGACUUUGGACUGAGCAAGUGGUUGAGCAUAGGAAGCCGGACGCGCACCCUAUGCGGAACUCUGCAGUACAUGGCUCCGGAAAUACUGGAAGGUGAACCCUACGGCCAUGCUGUUGAUUGGUGGGCACUUGGUACACUGGCAUGCCAAAUGUAUACAGGAGAGUACCCCGAGCUGGACCUGUCGAAAUACCUCAACAAAUUCGAGACUGUCGAUAAGCUCAUAGAACGUGCCAAAGUUCACCGUACAACCUCUGCCUCGAUCAAUCUGCUUCCGGACUCAGUCAAUGAUCUUCCUGCGGACGCGCAAGAUCUUCUCAAGCGAUUGCUGGAAACGAAGCCUCAGUACCGGCUGCGGUCGCUCCUCCAGCUGCAGCGUAUUGCCCUGUACAAGAAUUACAACUGGGAAGACGUGCGGCAGAAGAAGUUUUCCCCGAAGCAAAUGAUGGAAGAUGAGGCUGCCGCAUCGGAUCUGGAGGCUGGCCAGUCAUUCGAUUUGUUCGAUUGGUAAUUAUUAGCAUCUUGUGUGUAUUUUACAUUACGGUGAUGGAAUCAUCAGAAAACAGUAAUGUGCUGAUCAUGGUAGUU